GAACUUUGUGGAAAGACAUCGAGUGGAGCUGAUCAAGAGAGUCAGCAACAUUAAACCCAUUUUGGAUGAGCUCCUCCGCCAGGAGAUAAUCUCACAAUAUAGUUAUGAUCAGAUGAAGCCUCUGCCGACCUCUCAGGAGAAGAUGGAGGAGCUCUUUCGUUGGCCUUUGCCAGUCAGCGGAGGAGAAGGAAAAGAGAUGUUCUACAAACUCCUGGAGGAACAUGAGCCACAUCUCAUCGAUGAGCUCAGGAGGACAGAAGAGCCAGUGGAAGCAGGGAUGCCCGUUAGAGAGCUGCUUUUGGAAACCCUCCAUGAUUUGAGAGAUAAAGAGAUAAAGAAAUUCAACUGGCUGCUGCUGUGGAAGUUCUCUUUGUGCGGCUUUCCAAGACACUUGUGGGAACGAUUGCAAAGUUUACACACUGCAGAGAACCUGGUGGACGUGAUGGUGCAGACGUGGGGUCAAAAGUCUGUGGAGGUGACCAAGGAGGUGUUAGUGGACAUAAACAGGACUGAUCUGGUGCAGAGGCUGCACACCUGGGGACACAAAGAAGAACACUCUUUGGGUGAACUUUGGCCUGGACUGAUUCCUGAAGUGGAGACGAUGGCGUCUGCUAUUGAGCUGCUUUUGGAAACGCUGAAGGAUUUAACUGAUGGGGAGCUGGAGAAGUUCAAGGAUUCAUUCUUGAGGGAAACUCACUACCAGAAGAUCACUUCUGACAUCAGAUGGUUGAUGUCAGAGGCAACAGAUGUGCAGGACGUGGUGUUUGUAAUGGUGCUGACCCAUGGUCAACACUCUCUGUGGCAAACAGAGACGUUUUUACAUGAGAUGAACCGGAUUGAUCUGGUUCAGUAUCUUUCACACAGCAGAUCAGGACCCCAAAAGAAACUCUCCUCUGAACACAGACCUGCACUGAUACAGAGAGCAGCCAGUAAAGCAGCUGUUAGACGUCGACUUUGGGAAAUUGAGGCGGAUUUUAGUUAUUGGGAGAAAUUCAAGAAGAUCCUCACGUUGAUCAUCUCACAGAAUAAUCCAUUCUCAUUGAUGUUGAGACGAACAUCUGACAGAGAAUCAGUAAUGGAUCUGAUGUUGCAGACUUUAGGCCUUCACUCUCUGGAUUUAACCUGUGAGGUUUUAGUGAUAAUGGGCAGAAGUCACACAAUAUGUGAAGUGAAGGCGAGUGGAAGAGAGAGAGAGACGGUGGGAGAACGAGCUCAACAUCAAGCUGCACAGAGCGAAUCCACCAUGACAUCAGUUCAGGAGAGUCUUUUGGAAACUUUGAAAGAUUUGAGUGACAAGGACCUCAAGAAGUUUAAACACCACCUGCAGUACACUGAAGUUGAGAAAGAUUACGUAAGAAUCCCAAGACAGAGAUUAGAGACGUCAAACCGAGUGGAGAUGGUGAAGCUGAUGAUGGAGGCCUACGACAAACAGUCUGUGGAGGUGACCAGGAAGGUGUUAAAGAGGAUGUACUGGGAAGACCUGCAGGAGAGCGGGUCAGGAACCACAUGUCAACUCCAAAGGCUGGAGCUGAAGUCAGGAACCAACUUUGAAAUCCAAGGGGAACUAAUAUUCUCGGGCCAGAGUGGAGCUUCCAAGGAGAAACCUUUGAACAUCCUGCAAGAUCUAAGUGUCUCAGAAAGCUCGGACUCAGUGGAGGGUGGAAGCAUGACGCAGGAAUCCAGUGAAUGGACCAAACUUGACCCUGAGGUGAACAGUCAGGAUGCAAACGAUGCUCCAACUUACAGCUUGCAGUCUGAAGCAGGAAACUAUGAAUGCAGCAUCUCUGGCUUGCGCUGGAUGUGUAAUGGAAAGGUCCGCUUUAAGUACCAGUUUUGUCCGUGGGAGGAACCCAUGGAGAGGAUGGAAAGCCUGCAAUACAUGCCUGCAGGUCCCCUGAUGGACAUCACAGUGGUUACUGGGAAGUUAGAUGAAGUGUACCUGCCUCACUGGAUCUGCAUCGACGACAAUCCUGAGAUUUUGGACAAGUUUGCAGUCCUGCACAUAGACGACUGUGGAGAUGAUGUGGAAAAAGUGUCCCAGGUCACAGCGUCCCACGUCAAGCUGUCUGAGCCUGUUUUCUCCCCUCGAGCGGUCCUGCUGAGAAUCGGCAUUCCAGUGAGAAUAAACUGUAACGUGUUGCUAUACAAGACCAACACGGCCUUCCUCACGCUCCAUGUGUACCUGAUCCCACGUGAUCCGGGUCUGCAGCAGGAAAUGGACAGGAGGCAAAUAUCUGAUGGGUACAAAGUCAUCAAAAAGCCACAUCCAAAUACUUCUCUGAAAAUGAACAAUCGUUUCAUCUUAAAUGCAGUUUUAAAGGGUUCAGAAAUCAUUCCUGAGAACUUAAAGCUUCAAUAUGACAGCAGAAGCCCAAAUUUCUUCGAGGUCUACAGUAAAAAUCCAGACACAGACUUUGAACUCGUGCUCAACCAUAAAAAAGACCAUCAAACAGUGUGGAACUGUACAAUUCGAAAAGAUGAAUACGACAGUAGGCAAACACAUGCUGCGACUCCCUCAGCCGGAGCAGCCGCUCUGAACACCACGGCACAAGAUGAGUCAGACUUUGUGGAUGAACACAGAGCUGCGCUGAUCGACAGAGUGAACAACGUUGAGGCCAUUUUGGAUGAUCUUCUCGCUGAAGGAGUCGUCUCCCAGGCGAAAUAUGAUGAAAUCAUGGCUAUCAGCACCAGCAGGGAUCGGAUGAGGAGCCUCUUCUCUGGUCCACUGAACGCUGCUGGAUGUGACGGCAAAGAAGUCUUCUACAAAAUCCUCCAGAGACGUGAGAAAUUUCUCAUGAAAGAUCUCCAGAAAAAGAAGUGAAUGUUCAUUCAUUUUGUCCCAAAUAUCAGUGUAACUGGGCCCAUUUACAAAAAUAAGAAUGUUUAUGUUAUUACCGUGUCUCUAAUCUUCAGUCAAGUGACCUCAUGUUAGAUUUAAACUGGGGGACAUUUGUAUGAGAUGUGGUGCCUCUCCCACUUGAUCAGUGAUGCUCAAGAUGAGAUGAGUUUUAAUUCAUGUUUGACAGUCAAUUUGAAUGUUUAUCAGACAAAUCACAUUAGAAAUUAAUUGUAAUGGUAAAAUAUAAUGAUGCCAUGAUGUUUUAUUAGAUUAAUGUCUAAAGCUAAUCAUGACUUUAGCUGUGAGGAAAUUCCAAGACACCAACUGCCUGAGAACAAUCUGAGCAGCAGAGUCUCAGAGCACCUCUUCUCUUUGAUCCCAUCUGUCUAAAUCUGAUCAAACAUGCGUUGGUGCUGCCUUGUGAGUCUUUCCUCAGGUCUGGGACCUUUGCCAGCCUCCAACACCUUUAGCAUAACAAAACCAAGGUGUUUACCCUGCCAAUUUCUUUAUAUUUCUGUUUUGCUCUGAAACAGAGAGAAGCUUGCCACUGCCUGUCCUUGUAUAGCUGGACUUCUUCUUCCUUACAGAAAUAAACAGAAGAUACAACUUUAAUACACAUAGCCUUUAUAACUGAUUGAAAUCUGAAAUCUUCCGCAUCAGAAUAUAAAUCAAAACAUGCUUGAUCAUGAAAGCGGGUUUCACCUCUGACGUGAACGAGAGGAGACGUAUGAACACACCUGCUGAUGGAUCUCAUUUUGACUUAGAUUGUACAUUUUGUUGGGGAUAAGUAUUGAAUAACUUCAUCGCUAUGUGUAGAUUGACCAAAAUCCAUAAAUCAUCGGCCUCCCCCUGGUUACACUACAACGCUUAUUCAGGAAAAAUGUUAUGUAAUGUUUGUGCAUCAAGAACAGAACCUGAAACUAAGCUAAAUGUCCGUUCUAAACUUAGCUAAAUGACAAACUCAAUCUUGGCAAAGAAAGACAAUUGGUGUAUUUUCCCCAGAUGUGAUCAUGAAUAAAAGGU